AUGGCUUGUCAAUAUAGACCCCAUGGUGAUUCUGACUGGAUCUCUUUAUUGACCAAAGAUCCUCAAUGUCCCAUACCAUCUACAUGGGUGGUCAAACUCUCCUGUACAUUUGUUGGGGAUCUCAGAGAUACCAUAUCGUGCACUGGCAUAAUCAUUAAUAGUGCCUAUGGUCUGAGCUGGGACAUGGAUGUGCUAAUGUUUGAACACUUUAAGGUCCCAAUCUGGGUGUAUUGGCCUUCUACUAUACAACAGAAAUUGCUGCAGCAACUUAGACUCUGGGCAACUUGGAGGUCAAUGAUCAGUGGAGCGUCAAGUUGGGAUAGGGCACUCAGUCAAACAAUCUAUGGGGUGCUCAGUCAAACAAUCCAUGAGAACAAGGAGAAGGAGAUGAAGGAAACACCCUCUCAAUAUACAAUUCAGGUGUUUGAAUGGCAAGCUGAUGAUGAUGAUGAUGAUGAUGAUGAUGAUGAGGAUGGAUUCUUAUUGCACUACCCUGUCAUGAAGGCUUGCAUAGAGGGAAUCUGGAGAGACUACAAUAAAGAUACUAGGAUCUUUGAUUCCUUCUCCAACUAUGACAAUCAGGAAGAUGAAGACAACAUCAUGCCUCUGCUCCCUAUAACUGCUCCCUCUGAACUCCCAUCCCCCACCCCUUCUAGUUUCUCAGAAGACAUAUACAAAUACUUUGGCAAUGAGGUUUCACUUGCAUUGAGACAUGCAAGUAUUGAAGCCCAGUUAAAACCCACAACAGGCUCAGCCAUGCUGAGUCACAGAAAUCCAGAGGGGAACCAGGCAUAUCCACAUGAAGUUCUACCCACAACUUCAACCUGUGGCUCUGCAAAGCCCCUGGACUCCAACAAAGAAGUGCUGUUAGAAGAUGUCUAUGCCAGUGUCAAGCAAGAAGACCUCCCACACAUAAUGUUGGAUUAUCAGAUGAGUUGCCAGUGUCUUGGAAAAUGCAUUUUGGACAUCAAAGAAUUCUUGGACAUUUACAAACAUAAUCAAUGCACCUUGAGUUACUACUUAACGAUGAUGGUCCACCACCACCACCACCUUGAUGUGGACUCCACCAUGACAAAGGCUACUAAGAAGAACUUGAAGAAGGACCUGAGUGCAGCCAAGAAGCCAAAUGGCCGAGCGACUCCAAAGAAACUCGACAAAAAGAAGAAGAAGAAGUAUCAAGAUAGAGUUGCACUCAUUAAGACAGCAAAAGCCUGUGCUGUUGCCUCACCCAUUGUAGGGACCAGUGUAACAGGGACACUAGAUGAAAUACCAACAUUAUUCUAGUUAUUUUCUUGAUCCCUUCCGGUUCAUGCUAUUUGUUUCUUAUGUUUUUAUUGUAACUGUUACUACAAGCUGUUGUUCUUGUUGUUAUUGUUGUUUGUG